CGGGCAAUGCGGCUGCAGAGCCCCCUGCGCUCUGGGUGGGGAUCCGCGCUGCAGCGCAGGGGCGAGGGUUACUCCCGGGGAGGUCAGCCCAGUGCCAUAGCGCGGGCCCGGCAGUGCUGUUAUCUCCCUAUCACAAGAUCUGGAUCUCCCUGGAAGUCAGCACAGCCUGGAACCAUUUGUUGGUUUGGGUUCCCUCUGCUGGCAGAAUGCACAGCAGCAGUGUUAAUGGGUUGUCUCACUCAGUGUCUCCAUGUUUGGCUCCUUUGCAGGCAGUUUGGUGGUUAUGCCAAGGAAGAGGAUUAUGUGAAUUAUGCCGCCAAGCUGCGCUCUGCCCUGGGGAGCGAGGCAGCCUAUCGGAAGGACUUCUACUUGUGUAAUGGCUACGAUCCCCCCAUGAAACCGUACUGGCGAUGCAACGAAGUCUGGUUUGUGAUGGAGUGAGCCACUGGCUUGUAAAGGUGUAUGAUGAG